AUGGAACACGAGACGUUGGUCGAUAUGGCGGUUGUCCAGCAAGAGCAUGCCCGCCCAACUUCGUCGUCACAUGAACAAGAAGAGCCAGCACAAGAUCCAUCACCCAAGACACAGCCCCCGAUGCUGCACAUUGAUGAGACAACGCGUGCAGACACACCAACCAACGAAGACAUCUCAACGCCGACGCAAGAGACAGCGACAAAGCCGCUACCAGCUAUCAUUACCACCACUACAACUACCACAGACGACGAGCCUGCCGAACAACUUUCGACCUCACCGCAGCCAGACACGCCGACUGAUCCCACAACGCCGAUAACUCCCCAUGACGAGCUGCGGGACCUGCACGAUCCAUACCGUGACUCUAUGAGCUCCCUUGCCCUGUCUGAGAGCAGCGUGGAUUACGACCAUCCAUCGACCAAAGAGGUGGAAGACGUCCUGGCGACUCCACGCGUGAGCGGUGUCCGGCGGCACCUGCGGAAGGUGAGCAGCCUGGAUAUCCUACAAAACAAGUGGGCACCGCCUGAGAGGCCGAGCACACUGUUCGACGCCUCAGAUGAGAGCAUACAGCCCAUGUCUGCCAUGGAGCUUGAAGGGGACAACCGACACUUCUGGACAAGAGAUAGCAGCAACUUUGACCCGAAUGAGAUCAAGCAUGGUCGGCGGUCGACGAAUGCCUCGAUAGACACGAUCGAUAUGCUAGAGCCCGGACAGUCGGCGUACGCUUCGAGAAACGGCAGCACAAGUGGAGCAUCGCAACGCACGUCAGACGGCUCUUCAUCAGAUGACGACGUCCAGGUGGACUGGCAGGCGUUGGAGAAGACGGAGAAACAGGAAAAGGCUGACAAAGAUCUCGAGGAGGAUGCGAACGACGAGUCUACGGCUUUCUUGCUGGCCAGACUGGAGCAGGAGAACGCAAAGAUCGAGGCUGGUGCAAUGGCAGCAUCAAUCAAGACCGGCAAGUCUGCUCGUGCUCGUGCUGCAAGUCGUCCGCCAAGCAUGGCUCAUCUCAAGAAGCUCGUCUGUGGCAAGGAUACCUCGACUCCAUCCAUCCGAUUUAGCUUGGCAUCCGAUACCGGCUUUCCUGAAGAAGCUCCGCCCAUGACUGAGCUCGAGUUCUGGGUUGCACUGGUUCAAGACUAUCCAAGCACAGCUGCUCGUCUGCCAACGCUGACCACCACGAAGAUUCGAGCUGGUAUUCCAUCACCACUACGAGGAGUCGUAUGGACAACACUAGCAGGCGCGCGCGACAGAGAUCUUGAAGAUGCCUUCGACCGUCUUGUGCACGAGAAGAGUCCGUAUGAAGGCAUCAUCAACAAAGAUGUCGGUCGCUCCUUCCCUGGAGUGGAACUGUUCCGAGAGGCAGACGGCGAAGGUCAGCAGAUGCUGGGACGCGUACUAAAGUGCUUCUCGCUGCAAGACAAAAACAUUGGCUACUGUCAAGGACUGGGCUUCUUGGUUGGUCCGCUACUGAUGAACAUGCCAGAGCGCGAUGCUUUCUGCGUUCUGACAAGGCUUAUGGAUCACUACUCGCUGCGACCUUCUUUCCUCCCCUCGCUUUCCGGCCUCCACAUGAGAAUCUACCAAUUCUCCUCCCUGCUCAAGCAGCACCACAAGAAGCUACACGAGCAUCUUGCCGAGCUUGGCAUCGAGCCAGCAUAUCUAUCGCAGUGGUUCCUGUCUUGCUUCGCCGUGACCUGUCCACUUGACAUGCUAUUCCGCAUCUACGAUGUCAUAUUUGCCGAAGGUGCGAACGAGACGGUGAUGCGGGUCGCUCUUGCCUUGAUGAGGAGACACGAAGAGAAGAUGCUUGCGACAAUCGAGUUUGAGGAAGUGAUGCAGCUGUUGCUUGGACGUGAGAUGUGGGAUUGCUAUGGCGGUGAUGCCGAUAUGUUGGUUGAUGACUUCACAUCAUUGGGCGACAUUGUAACACACACGCGUCUUGCAGAGCUGGAGAAAGAGUUCGACAUCCAGUCCUCGGAGACCGUUGGACAAAGUGCUGGCUUUCUACCGGACGUUCAGGCAGCGGCUUCGCGUUUCCUGGGCCGAAUCUGGGCACCUGGACAUGGAGCGACACCCAGCAAGGCGAGUACAGCGCCCACACACUCUACGAGUCCUAGCGUCUCGACCCUUUCACCACCAGCAGCCGAAAAAGAUACCGCGUCUGGUGGAUACAGCCUGUUCGGUCGGCCGACCAGCUUCCUGCGGCGAAGUCCCAGCAAGCAGAGUAUUGGGAUGGCCAAUGACACGAACAGCAGCGAGGAUAGCACAUCUACGGCGGGCUCAAGUGCUGUCAGCCUAGCGUCAACUGGGUUGACAGAGCCGGAUACCCCAACUGCAGAUGCCAACGGAAUCAUGCGCGAAAGCAUGGCUGACUCGAUAAGUACCAGGUCCAAGGCGGAGUCCAUAGCACCAGGAUCCAGCUUGCACAGCAGGGAAACGAUGGAGCUGCAUGCUCAGGUAGAGGACCUUCUCAUCGCAAUUGGGGAAAUGCAGCGCGAGCAUGCUCAACUAGCAGCAAUGCUACAGCGCGAGCGUGAGGAGAGGAGUGAAGACCAACGCGUGAUGCGUCAAUUGGUCAGCAAUCUUCGCAAGACGGAUAAAGACGAUCGCAGGAGGACUAUGCCACCACCGCAGAAGAAAAUGGAGCUAGAGAUGCCGACCAAGGGUCGACCCUUGAGUGUGGGCAGUCGGACUGAUGUCGAACAUGAGGCUGAAAAGCAACAACCCAAGAGCGAGAUUGAUCAACUGCUUGACAAGGCACAAGAUCGCCUUUCUAACAGCAACAGACUCUCCGCCAGCCUAGAGACUAAAGCACAACUGCGGAGCAAUCUUACACGGACUAGAGAGCAGCUGGAAGCUGCCGCCAAACAUUCGAAAGAUCUGACGAGCCGUCUGGAAGCAGCAGAAGCAUCCGUGAGCACCUUCCAGUCUGAGAGCGAAGACCUUCAAUUGGAGGUCAACGAGCUCAGAACGAGAGUGGCUGAGGAGUUCAAGACCCGACAAAAGCUUGAACACCAGCUGGGCGAGUUCAAGGCACAAGCGCGCUCGAUCGAUCGAAAGGAGAGGUUGCAGCGUGCUGAAAGCUUGAGUGAGGUCCCGACAUUGAGCAGAAAGGAUGCAGAUGCCAAAUCUCGCCAAAGUAGCAUUACGAGCAUGACCGCUGGCUCAUCAUCCGGGCUUCGCGAGCUCAAGCUUGGCCGAAGGGAUAGCAGCUCAUCCAUGCACAGCUUGCGAUCGCGGAACACGAUGUCGAUGCACAUGGAAGUGGUCCCACCUACAGUCCGUCAAGACAGUGGCGGCUCUUCAGAGGAGCCGUCGCCAGUAUCUGGUUCGCCGGCCGCCCCUGCCCCAGUCACAACGGCUGCUCCCUCUGCAGAUCCACUAUCUGUGCCGCGAACGGGUUUUGCUCGCAGGACAACGAGUUUGGCCACCAAGGAAGUCCUUGCCACAACGCAACAUGAGCCAGUGCCAGAAGAUGCGCUUCUGCUUGAGCUCGUCAACGCGAAGACGACAGAAGCUCAAGCUCGCCAAGAGGUCGACGAGCUUAAGAAGGCGCUCUCGGUUGGCAAGCGGAAGCAAGAGGAGGCAUUGAAGCGACUACAGGCCGAAAUGGAAGCUGCAAAAGCAGAGGCUGUCAAGGCAGCAGAGGCGGCACAGGUUGCAAAGAGCGAGACCGAGGCUCUACGGCUUUCGCAACUCGCGCCUGCUGGCACCACACUUUUCAGCUUGCCACCAACACCUGCACUCGAGGCACCCAAUGGCUUUGUCAGGAGCGGUAGUAGCGCUGCUGCCACGCCUUCAGAAGAGAAAGAUCAGCCCAACAUCAUACUGCCGAAGAAGUCAGAGACUGCCCCGGCAGCCGCAGGUGGCUGGUUUUGGCAGAGAAGAGCGGCGAGCAAGUCUGGCAUACCUGUGCAGAAGGAUGGGGAAUGA